GUAUAUGUACAUACGGAAAAAAAUGUAUUGAUAGAAAUUAAUCCACAAACCAGGAUACCAAGAACAUUCAAGCGUUUUGCUGGAUUGAUGGUACAACUGUUACACAAAUAUGGUGUCAGAGCAUCUGAUGGGCCAAUGAAGCUUCUUAAAGUGAUUAAGAAUCCUGUUACGAAUCACUUACCAGUUGGUUGUCGUAAGAUAUUGAUGUCGUUUAACGCGAGCAAAGUACUGAAUCCACGAGAACUUGUACCUGCUGAAGAUCCCAUUGCUAUUGUAGUUGGAGCUAUGGCGCACGGCCAAGUCAAAACGGAUUACAUAGAAGAUACUUUCUCAAUCAGUAAUUAUCCUCUCUCGGGCGCCGUCGCAUGUAGUAAAUUAUGUACAGCAUUUGAAGAAGUUUGGGGAAUUGUCUAAUAAAGAGCUAUGACAUAUUA